AUGGUUUUUUUAACUGGCCCAAGGCUAUUGGACUGGACAAAUUCACCUCCGCAUCUUCAGUUCAACAAAUACGUCUUAACUGGCUACCGACCAGUAUCUUCAGUUCAAGACUGUAUCAAAAGCCUAUUCUACCUGCACAAUGAGUUGGGGAACAUAUACACACAUGGAAUCCCACUACUUAUUUUCUUGGUGCUGCUUCCCCUCAACAUCCCCUGGUCUCAGACCAGUGUGACAUGGCUGGGUGUGGUCCACUUCCUGGCCUGCCUCUCCCCGGAGAUUGGCUCAGUGCUUUAUCACCUCUUCAUGAACCAUGAGGGCGGGGCACCAGUCUAUCAAACUCUGCUCUCCCUGGAUAUGUUCGGGGUCUGCAUGGUCAACACCUUAGGAGCGCUGCCCAUCGUGUACAUCACGCUGCUGUGUUACCCCUCGCUCCGCAGCGCCGCCCUGCUGGCCUACAUGCUGCUCUCUGCCCAUGGCGUCUACAGUGCCCUCACUGCCCGCAGCAACGUGCGCCGGCUGCGGUCCUUCGCCUUUCAGGCACUUUUCCGCCUCUUCCUCUUCAUGCUGCGCUGGGCGGGAGUGGGCACAGGAAGCCCCGCCUCGCUCAGCCACUUCCUCACCAUGGACCUGCUGGCCCUGCUCGGGGGGGUCAUCAACAUCAGCCGUAUUCCAGAGCGCUUCAGGCCAGGGCUCUUUGACUACUGGUGCAACAGCCACCAGAUCAUGCACGUGCUGGUGGUGAUCUCCAUCGUGUUCCUACACUGGGGCAUGGUCGAAGACUUACUGUGGCUCCACAGCUACGAGUGUCCCCUGGAAUAA